AUAGUCUACAGUAUCCAGUUUGCAAUUCUUUCUGGAUGCGUCUCUUGAAUUACGACGAAGGAGAUGAUGAAAUUAACUUUACUGCUCGUUAUUGGCGUUAUUGCCAGACAGACAUACGGCGAUGAACCAGAAGCCAUCGUGGGUGGCAACUUAGCCAGGCCAGGUCAAUUUAAAUUUCCAGUUUCUAUUCAAGUAAAUGAUGCGCAUAUAUGCGGAGGAAGUCUUAUUAGCGAUACUCAUAUCAUUACCGCUGCUCAUUGUGUUGCAGAUCCCAAUAACGUUAAAAACAUGAGUGUUGUAUCGGGAACCACCGACUUGUUAAGAGGCGGCGAGAGACAUGAGAUCAAGUGCGUUCGUCCACAUCCUGACUACUCUGGUCGAAAAAAACAUGCAUGGAGGAAUGAUAUCGCUGUGAUCACUUUGAAAAAGACGAUCAAAACAAACCCAUACCAAGCUCCGAUUCCUCUAGCGAAUAUGGAUUAUGCCACUGGCGAUUAUAAGGGUAUAGUAUGUGGAUGGGGAUUAAUCGGCGAAACCUUGAAAGAUUUGAUUGACUCUACACUGAAACUUAGAUCGGUCGAAAUGAAUGUUUUGAGCACGGAGGAUUGCAUGAAGGAACAAACACAUGCACAAACCAAUAACAAACAUAUAUGCACUCGGGCGAACGUUAAUAAAGGUUUCUGCACUGGUGACAGCGGUAGUCCUCUUAUGGUCAACGGCCAGCUCUGUGGUAUUGUCUCUUGGUCCAAGUCGUGCGGUGGAAGUUUACCUGAUGUAUACACGAAUAUUUACUAUUAUCUGGAUUUCAUUAAGGAAAGUCAAAACAUAUGCCGAUGAUAUAAUUAAUUACAAUCGACUGGUAACUUAUAUACCAGACACUCUUUUAAGAUUUUCAUCACCACGUGUGAUAUAUGGUACAAUUAUCAUUAAUAU